CCACACCGCACCCCGGCCAGCGAGCGGCGGUAGUGUGUACCGCCUGAGCGCCGGUGCGGGAGAAGAAGAUGGGCCGUUGACAAGCGAAGAAUCGCGAGUUGAUAAAGUAGCAGUGCUCCGGGCGGUUUUGUUACUUCAUUUUUGUUGAUGUGUGAUUGUUUUCUUUGCCUUUAAAAAAAAAAGAAAAAAAAAAGAGGUGUAUUCGAAAAUGAUCCUCACGGUGAAACCGCUUCAAGGCAAAGAGUGCAGUGUACAGGUGACUGAAGACGAAAAGGUCUCCACGGUGAAGGAGCUUGUAUCUGAACGUCUCAACAUACCAGCAAACCAGCAGCGGUUACUCUACAAAGGGAAAGCUCUAGCAGAUGAACACAGACUGAGUGAUUACUCUAUUGGGCCGGAGGCUAAAUUGAAUCUCGUGAUCCGUCCUGUGGGGGAGAGGACUGGAGCUUCAGGGACAGCAGCGUGUGGCAGCAGUGGUAGUAGCAGCAGCGGCAUCAGCAGCACACAGGGAGGAGUGUGGCAGACUGUGUCUACUAUACUUGCUAGACACUUUAGUCCGGCAGAUGCGGCAAAGGUUCAUGAACAGCUUAUUAAGGACUAUGAACGUUCACUUCGACAGCUUAGCCUCGAUGACAUUGAGCGAUUGGCGGGAAGACUGCUUCACCCAGAGGGCGAGGGCGUGGACGCCUCAUACAUGGACUAAGAAUGCAUAGCUUGAAGCUGUUGUUUUUUCUGAUUGUUGUUUGAGAGACGCUCAGUGCUUUGCAUACAGUGUUUAGAAUGUAAGACUGUGGAAAACACAAUAGAUUUUUUUUUUUUUUUUUGUACAGAGAGCCCCUGGGUGGACAUGGAUAACACAGACUGUUUAUCUCAGCAACAGGGCUUUAUCUUGGAUAAGAAAACAUUGCUUCUUGGAAUUGGCGGUGCAGUAACUUCAUCCCGAUCACAUAAUAUCUGAACACAAAAGAAGCCAUUUAUGAAGCUCUGUUCACAUGAUCUCUGGCUGCUACAAAUCCCAGGGGACACUAACCUCUACUGGAGGGUAUUUAUUAGUAAUGUUUAGGUUGAGUGACAACUGGGUGUUUCCUGUUAACCAUCUGUGCAAAACUCAUACAUGUUUUAUUCUGUAACUUACUGAUGGCAACUGUAUGAUUUGUAAAUAUG